CCUCCUGGGUUGGCCUGGGGGCUCGAGCAGAGCCAUGGGUCCUCUGGCCCUGCAGCUGUGCUCUGUCCUCUGCCUGGUGGCUCACUCUGCUUCUGGCAGCCCCAUCAUGAGCCUGGAGCAGUCGCCUCUGGAGGAAGAUAUGCCCCUCUUCGACGAUGUCUUCUCAGAGCAAGACGGUGUUGACUUUGACACACUGCUGCAGAGCAUGAAGAAUGAGUUUCUCAAGACAUUGAACCUGUCUGACAUCCCUACACAGGAUUCGGCCAAGGUUGACCCUCCAGAGUACAUGCUGGAACUCUACAACAAGUUUGCGACAGACCGCACCUCCAUGCCAUCUGCCAACAUCAUUAGGAGUUUCAAAAAUGAAGAUCUGUUUUCCCAACCAGCCAAUUUUAAUGGGCUCAGAAAAUACCCUCUCCUCUUCAAUGUGUCCAUCCCUCACCAUGAAGAAGUCAUCAUGGCUGAACUCAGGUUGUACACAUUGGUGCAAAGAGAUCGCAUGAUAUAUGAUGGAGUGGACCGGAAAAUUACCAUUUUUGAAGUACUUGAGGGCAAAGAGGACAAUGAGGGUGAGAGAAACAUGCUGAUCUUGGUGUCAGAGAUGAUCUAUGGAACCAACAGUGAGUGGGAGACGUUUGAUGUCACCAGUGCCAUCCGGCGUUGGCAACAGUCAGGCUCAUCCACCCACCAGCUGGAAGUCCACAUUGAGAGCAGACAUGACGAAAUCGAGGGCACCGGCAGGGGACAAAUGGAAAUAGACACCAGUGCCCAGAAUAAGCAUGUCCCUUUGCUCGUUGUGUUUUCUGAUGACCAAAGCAGUGAGAAGGAACAGAAAGAGGAACUGAGUGAAAUGAUCACCCAUGAGCAACUUCUGGAGCUGGACAAUCUGGGCCUUGAUGGUUAUUCCAGUGGACCUGGAGAAGAGGCUUUGCUGCAGAUGAGGUCAAACAUCAUCUAUGACUCCACUGCCCGCAUCAGAAGGAAUGCCAAAGGAAAUUACUGCAAGAGAACCCCACUCUACAUCGACUUCAAGGAGAUUGGCUGGGACUCUUGGAUCAUCGCUCCACCUGGAUAUGAAGCCUAUGAAUGCCGUGGUGUUUGCAACUACCCCCUGGCAGAGCAUCUCACACCCACAAAACAUGCAAUUAUCCAGGCCUUGGUCCACCUCAAGAAUUCCCAGAAGGCUUCCAAAGCCUGCUGUGUGCCCACCAAGCUAGAGCCCAUCUCCAUCCUCUAUUUAGACAAAGGUGUUGUCACCUACAAGUUUAAAUAUGAAGGCAUGGCUGUUGCUGAGUGUGGCUGCAGAUAGAAAAGGAGUUUGUUGAUUAUUUAAUAACUGUAUAUGUGUAUAUUUUGUGUCCCUAUUUAAUAAGAUUAUUUAAUAAGGGUGUACAGAUCAUAGAGGCUUACUGCCGUAGGGAAAUGGACGGGUGAAUCUGUUGUAGGAAUACUUAUUAUGUUACACAGUCUCAUUUCUUCCAAUCUGUUUUGCUCUGGACUUGCCAUUUCCUGACAAUGUCACCUCUAAUGGCAAGUGGCAAGCCCAUACUAUUUGUCUUCUAAGUCAAUUUGAAAACAGGAACCCCUAAGCAGAAAUAUAGUGUCAGAAGGUAGAUAUUUGUGUAUGUAUAUGUGUACAUAGAUAAACUUAUAAAACUCUUUUGGUUCUAUAGAGGUACAUUAGACUCACACACAUGCACAAGUCAAUCAAAUGUGUAUAUAUCAAGAGCCAAUGGUACGUUAUCAGUCACCUCUUCUCUGAGUGGGACUUAUGUGAAGAUAAUUUGCAUCAGGAAUUUAACCAUCCUAGGAACUAUUACAUUUUCUAAAUACUAAUGAGAAUAUAGGUCAGCUUUUAUCAGUUGAGUUUCUGCUAUCGUUCAGAGCAUCAGGACCUGGUAAAGGAUGUUGUAUGUUUGAGGAGAGGGGUUAUUUGAUGCAGAAACCAAAUGGGUUCAAGAGGUAAUGGCCUUAAGGUACAAUUGCAAGGAGUAAACCCAUGGGGGUAUCAGUAUGCUCUGGAGGGCAGUGCCUGAUCAAUAAAGGAAAACAGUGGGGCUUGAGGGUGACAUCUGUUUCUGAGAUAAGAGGAAAGCAAAGCCAUUGUUGGCCUCUAUUGCUGCAGGGAGUAGGGAAGGUGGGAGGGGGCACAUAGGGGAAGAGAAUCUAGGUGGUAUCCUAGGAUGUACCUAUGAAAUAUAAGCAGUUCUAAUUGGAGAAUUAAAUCUUUUGGAUGAAAUAAAAUUUUCAAAGAACAAGAGGAGAAAAAUCAGAAGGGCUCUGUCUGUUGAACUCUUCACUUCUUAAUAUUUUUCUUCCAUCCUUAAUAUUUCUCCUUUACCUCUGAACUCUGCAUUUGUUCUGUCCACUUUUUUCCUUCCCUCUUUCUUCUUUGCCCCAGAGCCCCAUGUCCUUCUUCCAUUCCUAUGUCUCUUGACUUCAUGGGCCUUCAUUGCUUCUGCUGUGACCUGGAGGGACACCUGAAAGCAUUUCUUUCAAGGUGAAUGAAGUUAGAGCUCUAAUUUCCUCAUGACAUUUAAUUUGAUUUGCUUUUAAUAAUACCCUUUAUGAAAUGGUUUAUUUGUGAAGCAUUCUUAAGUAUAAAAAAAGAAAAUGAAAGUCCAAAUAGAUCCACAUAAGUAAUGAAUUC